AUGUUAUAUGCGUUUCUUAUUGUAAAUUCAGUGUUAAUUCUAUCUAUUCAAGCAUAUUUUGAUGAUGUUCUUUUCGAUAUUCAAAAUCAAAAUCGAUUCAAUCCUUAUAUGUUUAGUCUUCCAACUAUUUUUCAUGUGGAUCGCCAUACUCAAUAUGGAUAUGUAAGAGGUACGAGUUAUCAAGUUGAUUCACGAGAUUCAUUCUAUCCAAAAUAUAUCAGUGUGUUUCUUGGAAUUCCAUAUGCUCGGCCACCAGUCGGUCUCUAUCGAUUUAAACCACCAUUACCACCUGAUCCAUGGGAACCAGCUUUUUUAUUAUAUGAUGCAACUUAUUAUCGACCAUCAUGUCUACAACCAGCAAGUGAACAGGAAAAAAUUCGCCAGUAUAUUCCACAUUUUCCUCCGUCAAAUUUUAGCGAAGAUUGCCUUUUUUUAAAUAUAUUUGCACCAAAUAGAACUGAUCGAUACAUGCCGAAAUUGCCUGUGAUUGUAUUUAUACAUGGGGGAGAUUUUAUUGGUGGAAGUUCACAAAUUUAUAAUGGAUUCGUUUUAGCUCAACGAAAUGUUGUUGUUGUUACAUUUAACUAUCGACUUGGUCCAUUAGGGUUUUUGAGUACGAAAACCUUAAACGGUCGAGGUAAUUAUGGUCUUUUCGAUCAACGUAUGGCUUUAAAAUUUGUCUAUGAUAAUAUACGAGAAUUCAAUGGUGACCCAGAAAAUAUAACUGUUAUCGGUCAUGAAGCUGGAGCAGCGAGUAUUGGUUUACAUUUAUUAUCACAAAAUACACCUCGCAAGUUUUAA